GGACUUAUGGGUCGUUUUUUGUUGUGUGUGUUACGAUUCGUACGGCCCGGUGUGAACGCGCGGGAUUCGCGACAGCUCAGCUAAAUGCCCCUUGAUGCCGGUUCAAUGUUAACGCGCGCUGCGGCAUACGACGACGAGAGAGAGAGCGAGCGAGAGAUACAUGCGGCGGUACAUGCAGACUUCAAAGGGCGGUUACGUCAUUGCUUCAGGCUCCAUGCAGGGUGUGCAUGCGGGUGACGUGGUUCGUGGAUGCCCAGUCCUGCUGAGUGAGCACAAAGCCCAGUCGUGACAUCACAGCCACCCAGAACUUCAACCCAGCGGUGCUAGGGGGUUUUAGGGCAUCAGCAUCAGCGGCAUCAGCAGCAGCAAGGGGCAAGCAACGGGAGCAGGAGGAUGCGCAUUUGCCCAUCCAGUGUCUUCCUCCGUACAAGUGCUCUUUGCGCCUUCUCAGCAGCAGCAGCGGCGGCGGCAUCCGUUUUGCGCAGCGGAACAGACGUACGCGUACAGGCAGGCGUGUGUCGGGACGUCCUCUGAAUGAACACUUCGCCUCCGGUGGCAAUACGCUGCUGCUGCUGCUUUGCGCUUUUUGUUAGCGUUUGUGUUGCGAGAGCAAAGUCACACACACACAGUCACACAUACACACAGACACACACACACAGUCACACACACACAGUUACACACACACACACUCUACCCGCUCUGCAUCCCCAUCGCAUUGCACUGCGUGCAGCGUGCCUCUCCUGCGCUCGUGCAGAGACGAGUCGCUCACAGUAGUGGGCAUCAGCAGCAGCCACACACACACACUCAGAACCCAACAAUAACAACAAGCUUCGCAUCGUCAUCAUCAUCUAUCUAUGCGUCUGCGUGACCAUGCCUUGCCGAGCCGCUCAGCAGCAGCAGCAGCGGCGGCAGGAAGAAGAGGCGGACGAUAACAAGGAGCGGAUGAAGUCCAAGAGCCUUCCCGACCUCAAUGGCGUGGCCGGGGGUGUCCAUCGGGUGGCGGCUGACCCGGAGUCGAACAAGAGUGGUGGUGGGACCGUGGUGGCCGGCCAUCAUCACGGCGGUGCGACGGACCUGGCGUGCACCUGGCAGGCAGUGGUCCUGCGGGUCAGGAGGUACAUCAGCACGAAACAGUUCGCCGACUCGCGCUGUUUCCUCCUCUGCAUCUGCAUCCUGACCUUCAUCCAGGCGCUCAUGGUGUCCGGCUACCUGAGCAGCGUCAUCACCACCAUGGAGAAGCGCUACAAUCUCAAGAGCUCCGAGUCGGGCCUCCUGGUCAGCUGCUUUGACAUCGGCAGCCUCUUGGUGGUGGUGGCCGUCAGCUACUACGGCGGCCGGGGUCACCGGCCACGCUGGCUGGCCGUCGGCGGAGCCCUCAUUGCCCUCGGAGCGGUCAUCUUCACGAUGCCCCACUUCCUGUCGCCGCCUUACCACGAAAACUACGCCGCGCGCUUCCAGGAGCUCGAGGCCGAGCGACGGGACAGCGACAAAGUUCUGUGCGGCUCCGCCAGCAACGCCAUCGCCAACGCGAGCUCUCUGUCCCCGGGCGAGUCCAAGGCGGCGAAGCCCUGCGACAGGAACACCGGGGGAGGCAGCCACGGGAUUUACCUGGCGCUGUUCAUGAGCGCCCAGAUCCUGGUGGGCAUGGGCUCCACUCCCAUCUACAUCCUGGGGCCCACCUACCUGGAUGACAACGUGAAGGAGGAGAACGCCUCGCUCUAUCUAGCGAUGCUCUACGUGAUGGGAGCUCUGGGCCCAGCAGUCGGAUACCUGCUGGGGGGCAUCCUCAUCGGCCUGUACGUCGACCCCUGGCUGGAGGCCCCCGGAGACCAAGGCGACCCGCGCUUUGUCGGGAACUGGUGGAGCGGCUUCCUCAUGUGUGCAGUGGCCAUGUCCUUGGUGGUCGCCCCGAUGUUCAGUUUCCCAAAGAAGCUUCCUCCGCGGCCGCACAAGAAAUCUAAGCAGGGCAGUGACGAGCCGGGAUCCUCGGCUCCCGGGAAGAGCGAAGAAGAUGAACUCAAGCAGAAGUGCCCCAACAGCGAGGAAUCGAGCGCUUCUUCGUCCGUCGGCUUUGGCAAGGACAUCAGAGAGCUUCCUCGAGCGGCCGCGCGCAUCCUGGGGAACUGCAGCUUCCUCUUCAUGAGCCUCUCCUACACCGCGGAAAACGCCAUCGUCACCGCCUUCAUCACCUUCAUUCCCAAGUUCAUUGAGUCUCAGUUCGGCAUCCGAGCCUCGAGUGCCAGCAUCUACACGGGCAUCGUGAUCGUCCCAAGCGCGGGCGUGGGCAUCGUGAUUGGCGGCCUCAUCAUCAAGAAACUCAAGCUGGGUGCUCGCGAGUCCGCCAAGCUGGCCAUGAUCUGCUGCGGAGUCUCUCUGCUCUGCUUCUCGACGCUCUUCAUCGCCGGAUGCGAGAGCAUCAACCUGGGAGGCAUCAAUAUCCCCUACACCACAGGGCCCUCCCUGAAGGUGACGCGGCGGAACCUGACGUGGGAGUGCAACGUGAACUGCGGCUGCCGCAUGCAGGAGUACAGCCCCGUGUGCGGCUCCGACGGCAUCACCUACUUCAACCCCUGCCUGGCCGGCUGCACGGCCGCCGUCAGGGAUUCGGCCAGCGGGAACAUCCACAACUUCACGGACUGCGCGUGCAUCCAGAGCCAGAAGGUGAUCGCACAGACGGAGAGCGGCCAUCGGGGACACAUCCACUUGGUGAUCAUCAAGACGUUCCUGCACGAGAGCGGACACGCGCUGCCGGGAAAGUGCACCAGAGACUGCCGCACCCUGGUGCCCUUCCUCAUCUUCCUCUUCAUCGUCACGCUCAUCACGGCCUGCGCUCAGCCCUCCGCCAUCAUCGUCACGCUCAGAUCGGUGGAAGAAACCGAGAGGCCUUUGGCGCUCGGCAUGCAGUUCGUGUUGCUGCGCACUCUAGCGUACAUCCCGACUCCGAUCUACUUCGGCGCCGUCAUCGACACCACGUGCAUGCUGUGGCAGCAGCACGACUGCGGCACCUACGGCUCGUGCCUCGAGUACGACGUCACCUCCUUCCGCUUCGUCUACUUCGGCCUCGUGGCGGGCAUCAAGUUCAUGGGCUUCAUCUUCAUAUUCCUCACGUGGUACUCCAUCAAGCGGCGCGAGGAGCGCGCCUCGCUGGCCGCCGGCGACAAGCCCUCCGCCUCCUCGGCUGACGGGAGGCCCGGCGGCGGCGGCGGCGGCGGCGGGGACCGCAGCGCGCGCAUUCGCGGCUGCAUGCGAACUCGCUCCUGCCCUUCGUUCGUGACGGGCAACCUCGCCGUCGCCGCGACCGCCGUCGCCGCGGCCGCGGCCACGACGGCCGAUCCGAGGGGUGCGCCCGCCGGCAGCCCGGCGCUGGUCCAUCACCGGGACUACAGCGACGGCGCGGCGUCCAUCAGCCUGUGCAGCGCCGUGGCGCCGGCCGACUCCAAUGACAACGUCGUGUUCGGCAGCACUCGGGUGUAGGGCUUUGUCGUGCUGUUCGGUGUCUUCGUCGUGUGCGUGUGCACGUGGGUACACGCUCACGUGCGUGCUUACAUGUGUACGCGUGCGUGCGUGUGUGCGCGCCGUCGCAUCGUUGCACCGAGUUUAAGGGGACAGCGUCGCAAUCUGGCGGCGGUGUCUCCACCCAGAGGAAGCCCUAGAGAGCCCCCUGAUGGUGGGCUAUUCGGCCUACUCUUCCACGUUGGCUCUACACAGAAUUGGCAAAGAUGGGAGUUAGUGGUGGAUGUUGACACCUUACAGACAUAUAUAUUGUACGUAUGGCGAUUGGAACUGUGAAGGGAUUAUAAACGUGUACGUCUUGCAAUAUAGAGAUUAAUCAAUAUUAGCGUGCCACGUUUGUGCAGCAUUUCGUUAUAAACCGUAAAAAACGUCACGUGCUAAAAAAAAUACAUUAAAUACCUCGGCUAAUAAAUACGAAAACAAGUUACUUAAAUUCAACUCCGCAACAUUUGGAAUUUGUAGCCAUAUUUACAUAUAUGUGUGUAAACGGUCAUGAAUAGAGUAGGGGCCAAACUCGUGAUGAUUUUAGAUGAAAGUGUGUUGAUGUCUCCUUUACCUGCAAAAAGGAAAGGAUGGAAUUAUCAGCGAUGCUGCAUGUCAGCUGCUUAAUAAAUAUGUGGAUCUGGUCCUAUGUAUAGAAAGUGUACAUUAGAUGCAAUGCAGCGGCAUACAAUAACCUGAUAAUAACAUCGCAAACUUUACACUCACUCUAACAUAUAUACCGGUCACUCGGUGCUGUAUGGCAAGGUAUGCCAUCACAAUUGCCUGCGCUCAGAAGUAAAAUGUUAAACAAACCAUGUAAAUUAUACACUCACUUUUUUGGAGCAUCAUUCCAUCCGCACGUAUAUAAUCAUCACUGGUUACACUUAAUAAUGUCAGUGACGCAAGAUGAUUUAUUUUGGAACGUUACAAUCUGCUCACAAUUCUACUGUACUAAGACAUCAUUAAGAGCACACGAAUACAUAUGGAAAGAAAUAUGCAUAAGGAAAACGUAUAUACAAUAAACUGGAUAUGUAACUCAAUAACACUUUAGUUUACAUGUGAAACGCGUGUGCUGAUGGCUUACGCUCUCAUGCUAAGACUAGUUAUAACCUUAUAUGUGUAAUGGAACUAUAACACUAUGCCUACAACGCACAUUGAUACGAAAAAUUUGAAAAUAUUGUACAGCUGCAUUCUUAACCUAACGCAAGUUUUCACAGCCGCUUGCGUUGAGCAUUUGCACCUCCGAUUAGCACGCUUUGGCUACGUGCGGUGCGAAAGAAGUUCAACGUACGUUAAUUUAUCCUCGUGAAAUUUCGCCAUGCACGGCUGCGCGGGCAUCUUCAGGAGGACAGACAGCUAAUCUUACUCGUGUUCAUACUCAUACACUCCUUUCCUUGCAUUCUUCUGACUUAUCAGAUUAACAAAUUUCGAUUGAUAUAAUUCGGCAGCAGUAGUGCGUGGCAAAAAGCUCGAGUGUGUGUGUGAGAGAGAGAGAGUAAAACUGCUCAACACGCGGUCCAACCUGGAAUACCACACUUAGAUCUAUGCUUGACCUGAUAUUUGCUUGAUACGAAUCGCUGUGCGUUGAUAAGAUUGUACAUAGUACACGCGCAAAGGUGCAUUGUCUGCAAGCGCCGAUCUACCGGCGGGAUUCGCGAAUCGAUGCCUUCCCUUGGUAACAAUUCUCAUGCCUUUGUUUGGCUUGUGACGUUGCGUACCUGUCCAGAUGCAUUGGAUCCAUUUGGACAGGUAUGAAUUAACAUAUCAUUCAUAUGCAAAUCUGAUUAAGAAUUGCGAAAUAAUUGCUACCGCAAUGUAAUGUUUAAUUGGAUGCAAUAUUCAUUGUGAGUUGUUUUUACUUCUGCUAUAAAUGUAAAUAUAAGUGGAACUCAUACACUCUUUUAACUCAAUGCAGUACUUAACCACAAAAAGCAAUUUGAUUUCUGUCGAGUGUUUUCAGAAACAUUAGCUCAGUGUAUACUACACAAUUGUAAUAUAUUUAUUAUUAUUGAGAUGAACAUAAAAUAUAAUGUACGUACUUAUAAUAUAACACGUUUUUUUUGUUUUAGCAAUACGACACCUGCGAACCACUUUGCAAGAAUAAUGAGAAGAAUGGAUGGUUACUGGUCUGGUCAUUGCUACUUUACAACCGACGAUAAUUCCCCUUUUACAAAUCACCGUUUGAUUCACGAUCGAUUGAGCCUCUACAAAUUGAGCUCAAUAUAAACGCGAGCUCCAGUGUACAUAUUACCUUGACUUGGGUUCUCUUGAGAAUGACAUUUAUUCACCUGUUGUAUAAAAACUCUGACAAAUACAUAGAGAAUGGAGCUUGUCAGCAUCGCUCCCGGUGCUCUCGAUCUAACACGCGUGCAAUGAUUCUUUGGUGAAUAUUGAUCGUUGUAGCUUGCGGUACACGUCACGGACACACGUGUGUGAACAAUUUACACGUUUUGAGUUUGCGUAUGUUGUAUGUAACGGAUUGGCGUGACUGCUCUAGCCACUGGAAGCCACUACAUUCACCGCAAUGUAAACACGUGAAAUAAUUUAUUAUUGAAUUGGGAUGCGGAGGGGGGGGGGGGCUAAUUGUAACACUCCUUAUAUUAAUCCGAGUUUUAAAUAUUUGGUGACAGAGGUAGAUGGGCGACUCGGACAUCAGAGCUCAGAGAUCCUGGUUUAAAAUGUAUGUUUUAGAGCAGUGGGUCCUUAACCUUCACUGCAGCCUGCACCUCUUUGGUUCUGAAUCUUAAAAAAAAAGUACGUUAAUAAAUACAUAGAGGGUUUGAUUAAACAAAGCAGUUGUACUUACGUGCCCGUGCUUAACUUGUGUUUUAGAUGAUUUACCUUCGAACAAAAAAUCUGGCCAUGUCUGGCACCCCCAGAAAGGGCAUAUCGCACGCCCAGGGGUGCGUGCACCCCAGGUUAAGGAGAACCACUGCCCUAGAGCCACCUGCAAUUAAGCCGGACUCUCGCGUGUAGUGAGUUUAUGGUAUCAUCCUGUUCACGAGGUACUGCACACACGAUGAAAAAAAAAACACCCCAGGUCAAAGCGUUUUGUUUUGUCAUUAAUGUCGCCUAUAUUCCCACUCUUGAAAAUUACAAACAACAUGUUUCACUGUCACGUGACAAAUAUUUCUCUUUUACAGGGUGGAUGAAAAAAGUGUUCCCCCUAAUGCAGACAGGAGGUUUGUUUGCUUUAAUGGCAUUCAAAAGUAGUUCCCGGGACUCUUUUCCCGUCCCCCAAACACAGGGGGCGUUGCAAUGCCCCCUUGCAAGAGUUCUGAAUGGAUUAUUCGUCUUGAGACGUAAUGCUGAUACACACAAUAGGAAUAACAUGGUGUAGAAUUUUGUUUAUAUAUAUGUUGUGGUCGUAAUAUAGUGGCUCUGCGGCAAUGAAAGUAAUGACAUCAAAGCACUAUUUAAAAUAAAAUUGUCUUUGAAUUGUGGCAGAGCCAGAAUUUGUAUACGUGGCUUCAUUUUUACGCCCAUGGUAUUCAUAUUUUAUUGAGGCUCUUAUUUGGCUAUGAAUAAUUGUGAUAAGGUUUAAAAUCGGACUUUAAUACGACUGCGUACAUGAGCAGCGUGUAGAAUCUAGUCGGGUUGAAACGUGUGGGAAGAAUGGACUCAAAUAGCCGAGUGUGUUGUAUUUAUCGAGAACGACAUUUUUCAAGAGAUUCAGGGAUAACUGUUGUGCUUGAAUUACGCUAUUCUCCCGCGAGCAGGAGAUGGUGACCGAUCUUAUUGACAAUAUUGAUGCUGUCAGCGUAUCACCAAGGCCAACAGAAAUGCGCUGUGAUAUUCAAUUACUCUCGGAUUGUUUUGCACGUGCAUAUUAGUAUGCGAACAAUUGUCAAGUCUCUAAAUCUGAUGUGCACGUUCCUACUUUGUCAACGCUACUUAUUUUGUUUUGUUUUACAUAGAACGUUGAGAGCCCAUUCAAUUGAGAUCCACCGUCUCUUUUGCAAGGGACACUCAGGUGAAUAGACUAAACUAGACAGGGAUUCUUACUAUGAUUUAGUCAUAAUAUAUUUGCUGGAAAUGUUGCCAGCGCUUGUCCUGUUAUCAAUGUUUAUCGAUCUAUUGCAUCCGCUUUAUACAGAACACACUGUGCACUCUCACAACACCCUAUAGCAGCAUGACUGGGCCAGCCGUAGAUGCCCCACCGUUCAUCCGUGCAAAGGAACUCAGCAACCUAUCAUUGUUAUCACAUUGUUCUUCGUCCACUCACGUGUUAAAACCGAACUUUAAAAAUAGCGACCGUCUUCGCGGCAGGCGUGGAGACGCAAUGGUAGAUUACUAAGGAAAUGCGCGUACUUGUAGCUGCAGUCCAGAGUGUGAGUGCAGUGGUCACAUUCAAAACGAUUUCUGAACCACUGCUUUGUGAUGGAUUUGGGACAGGUAUACAUGUGGUUUAGUAACGACAUGUGCACUUGUUUACAGGAAUUUACAAAGUGUCUGUGGAAUUGUAUCAAGCUUCAUGAUAGCACAUUUGUUGGUGUAAGACUAUACAUAUUUUAUCAGUGGCCCUGUCCUCACAGUGGUCAUACUUAGCAAUAUGCAACUAUAAUGCAAAAUUAUGCUAACCAACUUUUUCAAGUGGAAUUGAUUUUUUUGUAAAAUAAUUACCACAUACAGUCAAUACGUUUGUGUGUAUAUAUGUAUGUGAGCAUAGUGACGUUUGCUUUCGAGAUGUGUGUUUAUUUUGAAGGGACUGGCUGUAAGAAAAUAAUCACUUAAGGAUGGUGGCAAUCAGUGUAUGCUUAAAAAUGUAAAAAAAAACUGCAUGAAAUAUGUUUAUAUAUAGCUUGACUUUCGAUGUAUAUUUUGCAUCUACAAUAAAUGAAAACAACAAUUG